AUGAAGUUGGAGAUGAAUUCUAGCUACCUCAUUUUACCCGCUUCAGGCAGCCCAUCUACAUAUUCUGUACAAAGUUGGCACAGCAGCAAGGACAGCUUGAGCUGGCUGGCACUUGGUCUCCGGGUGGAAGAUAUGCCAUUGUCUCUUAAGCCAACAUCACUGCCAGCAAUAAACUCAGUCUCACUUAAAGGACCAUUAGAAGGAAAUGGAGAUAUAAAUAGCAUCGCUACGUCAAGGCAGGAUGGAAAUUUUCAAGUGCCGUUGGGUACUGGUUUCUGGAACAGUCCAAAACCAACUCAGUACAGCAAAGAAACUCAGGACCUGUUGAAAGUGAUGAUGCAGGAAUCCAAGCUGACAAACUUCCAGCAGCGUCAGAUAAGAGAUCAUUUACAGCAUGGGGAUACACUGCCAGUUCUAUGUCAUCCCAGCUCCAGCAUUGCCCAACAUAAACCUCCGACCUCUAAAUCUGCACCAAAGAAAAAAAACAUAACAAAUGCUGGAUCAGGACUACGUCCUACAGAGAAAUGCAGAGCCGGGGAUGCUUACAGCAGAGAGAAAUUUCAACCCCGACCAACCCGAGACCUGAACAAGGAAAAAAGACGGUUACAAAACAUUAUGGCCACAGGAAAGGAUCUGCCAGAAGUCCCCCAAGCAGCUCUACAAAUAGAGGAGACUGAAACAGAGAAACAGGACAGAUUUGAUGAGUUGGUAGCAGAAAUCCAGGAGAGAUGGGAUUUCUUGAAAGAAAUGGAAGCUUUGGGUCGAGGAAAACAAUAUUACAACAUUAUUAAUACAGAAAUUUCACAGAAGUUGCGAGAGAUGGAAAUGAUUGAUAAGCAGAGAAGUGUUGCGUUCAGAGAAGCACUGCAGAAGUCAGAAAACAAGAACUUCCCUCUAACAAAAGAAAAUUAAACUCCUUCUUGGCCCACUG